CCCACCACGCCACCACGAGUAGGGAGCUUGGCUAUGGGUGUGGAUGGUGGCGUUCUAAGCUGUCAAACAUGGCGCACCUCGCAGGUGAUCCCAUGGAAAUGAAUGGAAUAUCUGGCAAAAAGAAAGAUGACUUGGAGUCUAAAGAAAAUUUAUGGUCUGCCAUCCUUAGUGAAGUUCAAAAUACUGGGAAUUCAAAGUUGCCAUCCAACAAGUCAGUUCUCGUCCUAGGAGACAGUGAGUCGGGUAAAACAACUCUAAUUGCCAAACUUCAAGGUGUAGAAGAUCCUAAAAAGGGUUCUGGCCUGGAGUAUGCUUACAUAGAUGUUAGAGAUGAAUACAGGGAUGACCAUACACGGUUGGGUGUCUGGGUCCUUGAUGGAGAUCCAGCUCAUGGACACCUUCUCCGGUAUGCACUUUCGGAAGAAAGUUUUCCACACACUCUUGUCAUGCUUGUAGUUGCCAUGACUACUCCAUGGGGAGUUCUGGAUCAACUACAAUCUUGGGCAACUAUAUUGCAAGACCACAUCGACAAGCUUAAAUUUAGUUCAGAGGAAUUACAUGAUUUCAAACAGUCAAUAACCAAAAAGUGGUUGGACUAUGUUGAACCUGGAGAUGAAAUGGACUCAAGUGCUGCGCUUCGUCGUACGUCUCGAAAUAUGGACGAAGAGCUAGGUGAAAUGCCUCUUGGUGAAGGAAUUCUCACACGGAAUCUGGGCUUGGAUGUAGUCGUUGUUGUAACAAAGACUGACUACAUGUCAACAUUAGAGAAGGACUUAGAUUACCGAGAUGAGCACUUAGAUUUCAUUCAACUGUGGAUUCGGAGAUUUUGUUUACAAUAUGGAGCAGGGCUUUUCUACACUUCUGUUAAAGAAGAUAAAAAUUGUGACCUUCUUUAUAAGUAUUUAACGCAUCGAAUUUAUGAAUUUCCUUUUCGAACUCCUGCCCUUGUUGUGGAGAAAGAUGCUGUGUUGAUCCCAUCUGGGUGGGACAACAAGAAAAAGAUCAGCAUUCUUUAUGAAAAUAUGCAGUCAAUGAAGCCGGAUGAUUAUUAUAGAGAUGUAAUAACUCAACCUGGAGCUCGGAAGCCGGUUACGCGGGAGGUUGAAACACAAGCAGAAGAUGAGCAGGCUUUUCUGGCUCGACAACAGCAAUCUCUUCAAGCGGGAGUUCCAGCUGGGGUUCGUCAGGAAUCACCUAUGAGAGCACCUCCCUCAGUGACUAAGGCAGUGGAUCGUCGAUCGGUAGGGGCACCUGGUGUUCAAACUCAGCUAGGAUCGCCAAAGAAGCUUGAUGGCACUAAACCGGGUGCUGCUGGCGGUGAGGGUGUGCUCGCGAACUUCUUCAAUUCUCUGCUGUACAAGAAGACUGGAAACAACAACCCUACGUCUCCAGCACGGCCAGGAGAACAAUCUAAUAAUAUUCCACCUGUGGAUAAGGCAGUUGUACGUUCAGAUGCAGCUGCUGAGCUGGACAGACUUACUCGCAACAAGAAGCAGCCAAGUUUAGAGCAAGAACCUAAUUCAUCAGAAUGUUGAGAUCACAUUUUCAGGAGGCUGGGUUUCCGUACCUGCCUUCGCCAUGGUACUACUAUUCUUAAAUGCUAAUUUUUUUUGUUUGAACCUGGCUGGCAAUGUCCUUUACUUAGCACUGGAUCAUUUGUCUAAGCUAGCACCAGGAACUUUGGCUGUAAACCCUGGAGAGAUUAGCAUCGUAUUUAAAACUCACAGCCAGCUUUGGAUGCUCAUACAGUAUGGUUUAGAUAUUGUCAAAAGGGGAAAACAGUGUAGGGGUAAAUUAUUUUUGUGGAAAAUAUGUGCAAAGUGCUAUUUUGUCCUGUUCUAGCAUCAGUAUGUCAACAUAUUUGAUGGAGGGGAUAUUGAAUCACAAUUUGUGUGUUUGUAAAGCCACUAUGUUUGUAAGAAACAAUGGCUCCUUCUGGCUGCACUUAAAAUAUGCAUAUUCUGUGAUACUGUUGGUUUAGCUUCUGUUCAAGCUCUUGUUGUACAUAAACACAAAUCAUGAUAAUAAUUCUUUUAUCCUAGUAGAGCUCAGUUGAAUGAAGCAACCAUUUCAGGUCUUCUGUUUUAAAUUUGUUUUAAGUGUCAAGCUGUAAUUAUUUUGACAAAUUCUUCUAAAAUAGAGAUUUUGUGAGUAUUUAUAUGUUUCUUGUGUACGUGUGAGCAUUUUCCAUAGCAGUUGAUAUUUAUGUACAAGCUAGGCUUUACUUAAUUUUUACCUAUUAACACUUUUAGUGUUACCAGGCAGUAAUGCACUGACAUCUCCAUAUUGCCUUUCUUGUUUGAAUUCUCGAGGUGCCUUAUGUAAAUGUCUGUUGCAUUAACUUGCUAGUGCCUGUAUCAUAUUUUGUGAUGAAAUGAGGCUUAUCAAAUUUUUCUUACUCCAAAUCGCUAAUGUACUUGAUUUAUCAAUUUUAGUUUCUGUGUCCUCUAAUGCUAUGCUUGACAUUUCUGUACCAAGCUGUUUUUCAUGUGGUACAUUAAUUUAUCUAGAUGUGACCACAAGGUGAAAGUCAUACGCUUUCCUGGUCGGUUUCAGAAUUGCAUUUUGUGUAAAAUUUUGAGACUGUUAUAGCUGUUUGGAACGAACGACACCAAGAAUCUUCUAGUUAGUUCAGGCAAAGUUUACUCUUAUUCAUGUGCUGUAAAUAACUUUAUUCUAGGAAACUCCUACCCAUUUUAUGUGCAACCUCAGAACAUACUUACCUUAGGCUUAGCCACCAAUGCCUUUUCGCUCAAAUACAGAAAGUGGAGUGUCUGUGGUUUAUUUUAUUAAAGAAAGUGGAUAGUUUAUGAUAUGCAUUUAACAAUUUUCUAUCUAUCAAACUAUUUUUUGUCUGCAGGUGCAUUUUUUGGGAUCUAUUUCUUACUAACAUGUCUAAAGGAUAAAUCUCAGGGAAGUGCAAUGUCAAGUCCUUAUUCACAAAACAAGUACUAAGCUUAUUUAUUUUGAAUUGAAUCCAACUUUGUAACAAAACCUUUUAAAUAGAAAACUUAGCGGUGGCAAUUCAAACGCAGCUGCUAAAAUGUAGCUAAUGAGGACUGAAACUAAUCAAAUAUUUGUAAUGGCUGUUAAAGCAUCUCGUUUAUUCUCUAAUUCUACUUAUGCAAGAUAGUGGGAAGUUGACGUCUCUUCUUUUUUUUUUUUAAAUAUAUA